ACUAAAGGAAUACAUAGAAGAAGAAGGAGAUGAGUCCAAAAGAAUACAAAGAAGAAGAACAACAACAAGAAGAACAAGAACAGGAAGAAGAAUAAUCCAAAGUAAUACAAAGAAGAACAAAAAGAAGAAGAGGAGAACUCUACUCUAAAGGAAUUCAAAGAAGAAGAAGAAGAAGAGAGGAAUAAGAGGAAGGAUAAGAAGAAGAAGAAGAAGACGUCACGCGCAAAAAAAAAAAAAAAAAAAAAGAGGAAGGGGAGUUUGUGGGAAUAUUUUGUCAGGAUUUGUGGUAAAGCAGAUCUUCACCUGCUAUACCGGCACCGCUGCACCGUACUCACACACACCUUUGCCGCCAGCACACUUCUGGGCGAUUAGAGAGAGGGAGAGACAGAGAGAGAGAGAGAGGGUGGGGGAGAGAGAGAGAAAGAGAGAGAGAGAGAGAGAGAGAGAGAGAGAGAGUGAGAGAGAGAGAGAGAGAGAGAGAGAGAGCUCGUAGUCCUCCAUGACAUAGUGGAGACUCCCAGCGUGUACUGUAGAUGACUUUUUCCCCUCCCAGCGGCGUCUUCUGCUAAAUUGCGCUCCUGGAUUUUAAGUGCGUGUCGGCCCGAGUCCCGUCCUCGCCAAGCCAGUCCGGACCGGACCCCAGCAAGCACCGGCGGACCUGCUCGCUGCGCGCCUUCCACAUCAGCCGGGCUCAUUCCUUCUUCCAUCAAGUACAGAUGCUGGGAUCUUUGAGUUGAUUGGAACAAAUAGAAAGCCGGGUAAGAGAGAGACGAGGACGAGAAGAAGAGCGAAGGGGAAAGGAGAAGAGAGAGACAGAGAGAGAGAGAGAGAGAGAGAGAGAGAGAAGCAAAGUUCUUUGGAAAGAAGAGAGAGAAAGAACGCGACGGGGACGAUGGGGAGGAAAAAGAUUCAGAUCACGCGGAUUAUGGAUGAACGCAACAGACAGGUGACAUUUACAAAGCGAAAGUUUGGCCUAAUGAAGAAAGCCUAUGAGCUGAGCGUGCUGUGCGACUGCGAGAUCGCCCUCAUCAUCUUCAACAGCACCAACAAGCUGUUCCAGUACGCCAGCACAGACAUGGACAAGGUCCUGCUUAAAUACACUGAGUACAACGAGCCCCACGAGAGUCGGACCAACUCGGACAUUGUGGAGACGUUGAGAAAGAAGGGCCUAAAUGGCUGCGACAGCCCCGACCCCGACGCGGACGACUCGGUCGGCCACAGCCCCGAGUCCGGGGAUAAAUACAGGAAAAUAAACGAGGACAUAGAUCUGAUGAUCAGCAGACAGAGACUGUGUGCUUUGAACAAGAAGGAGAACAAAGGUGGCGAGAGCCCGGAGCUCGAGUCCUCUCUGAUCCUCACCCCUCGCACUGAGGAGAAAUACAAACAGAUUAACGAGGAGUUCGAUCUCAUGAUUAAAAGCCAUAAGAUACCUCAGGCCAUGCCCCCGUCAAACUACGACAUGCCCGUGUCCAUUCCCGUUAGCAACCAGAACAAUCUCAUUUACAGCCAUCCAGGAGGCUCCCUGGGAAACCACAACCUGCUGCCACUGACACACCAUGGUCUACAGAGAAACAGCAUGUCCCCCGGGGUUACACACAGACCCCCCAGUGCAGGUGGUCUCAUGGGUGCGGACCUCUCCACCGGCGUAGGCACCAGUGCUGGAAAUGGCUACGGCAACCACCGCAACUCCCCCGGUCUGCUGGUGUCUCCGGCUGGCAUGAACAAGAACAUGCAGGCAAAGUCGCCUCCGCCCAUGAACUUAGGCAUGAACAACCGCAAGCCCGACCUCCGUGUGCUCAUCCCACACGGCGCAAAGAACAACAUGCCCUCCAUUUCGGAGGAUGUCGAUCUCCUACUGAACCAGAGAAUAAACAACUCCCAGUCUGCUCAGUCAUUGGCCACCCCGGUUGUGUCGGUAGCAACUCCCACUCUGCCAGGACAAGGGAUGGGCGGUUAUCCAUCCGCCAUCUCCACUUCGUAUGGUACUGAGUAUUCCUUGAACAGUGCAGACUUGUCGUCACUGUCCGGAUUCAACAGCGGCAGCUCCCUCCAUCUUGGCUCAAUGAGCGGCUGGCAACAGCAGCACAUUCAAAACAUGCAGCACUCGGCCCUCGGACAGCUUGGAAAUUGCUCUAGCUCUCACUUGUGUCAGGGCUCAAAUCUCUCCCUGCCCUCUGCUCAAAGCCUGCACAUCAAGUCCGAACCUGUUUCUCCUCCUAGAGAUCGCACCAGCAGCACACCGGGGGGCUACGGCGGCGGCGGCGGCGGGGUCGCGCCGCCCCAGAACCCCUCGUCCCGCCAGGACUCGGGGCGCUCCCCGGUGGAUAGCCUGAGCAGUUGUAGCAGCUCCCACGAAGGCAGCGACCGCGACGAGCACAGGAACGAGUUCCACUCUCCCCUGGGACUGGCGAGGCCCGCGCUGGACGAGCGUGAGAGUCCCUCCAUCAAGCGCGUGCGCCUGUCCGAGGGAUGGGCCACAUGAUAACCCCCACUUAACCCGUCGAGCCCCCCCGCCCCCCGAAAAAGAAACUCCAACACUGCUUACAGUCAAGGCCCUCCACAAUCCUGAAGGACAAAUCUCCAGUUUUGCUUUUUAUUUAGCUUUUUUUUUUGCAGAGUGUGUUUGUGUGUGUAUGUGUGUGUGUGUGUGUGUGUGUGUGUGUGUGUGUGUGUGUGUGUGUGUGUGUGUGUGUGUGUGUGUGUGUGCGUGUGCUAAUAUAUCAACCCGUGGGCUCUGAGGGGUAUUAUUUUGUAUUCUCAGUUGGGGAACUAUGCAUAAAUUGUUUAGCGUGUGCAUCAAACAAUGACAAAUGCUUAUAUAUAUAUAUAUAUAUAUAUAUAUAUAUAUAUAUAUAUAUAUAUAUAUAAAUACACACCUGUACAUAUAUGCAUAUCAACAACAACAACAGUCAGGUACUCUUCAAUUUGCCAUGGAGAAACACUUUAAAUUUUGCCAUGGAGGAACACUUAAAAUGGAGGGUGGGGUGGGCAGGAAAAACAACAACCGAUAUGAGAGUGUGUGAGGACACCUUAGCACUUGACAGAUAACACGCAUUUGUGUGUGUGUGUGUGUGUGUGUGUGUGUGUGUACAGUGUCAGCCGCAUCGCUAUGUACCUUCUUCUCCACAGUUCUACCUUGCAAAAAAGAAAAAACUGACAAAAAAAAAAAAAAAAAAGUGUGUGUUAACAUUAGAUGAUGUCAUGUUGCAGGUUCAACGUAUUUAUGUAAAUAAAGAUGGAAAAGGUGGGGGGGUUAAAGAAGUUGCCGGACAUUUUCAAGAUGUAUUCACUUGCGAAAGUAAAAGCUAAUAUGCAAUGUUUUUGAAGGACUGUACAGGCGGUUAGACCCCAAAUAUGUUUGGAACUUUUUCAUUUUUUGGGUAGGAAAAGGGGGGUAUGGGGGAGCGAAGACCACCCUCAGAUCCGAGAGUUCAUGUAAUCAGCAAAAACCCUGGAUCGAGUAUUAACUAUCAGUAUUAUUAAAGGACAAAAAAAAAAAAAGACAAAAAAAACAACAAUUGUACGAUACACUUGCUUAUAUUUUCAUAUGAAAGGAAAAUCAAUGCAAAGCAUUUUGUGGCUUUUUGUAGUUUCUAUAAGCCAGAAUGUGUUUUUGAUAGCUUUGCUAUAACCAGAGAAGGAUAGUGCACCCCCACCCAACGCGGGGGAUGAGCGGGCGUUCGAGCCCUAAGCCAUGAAACCAGACUGAGAUGCUUUGCUGAACUGUUUUAUCUUUGUAGAGGUUUGUUAUUAUUAUUAUUAUUAUUAUUAUUAUUAUUAUCAUUAUUAUUAUUAUUGAACGUGUAUUUCUAAUUAUAUAUAAUAAUGGUAAUAUUAAGAAUCUUUAAAACAAAACAAAAAAACAUCUGUGAAAUGAACAUGCUUGUGUAUAGCUUUUUAAUAUAUAAAUAUAUAUGAUGAUAAUUUUCUUUAUUUUUUUGGGGGGGUUUUCUUAGUGGAGUUUCUCUAUGUGCAGUUGCACAUGUUGUCUGGUUUCCUUUUGGAGCAAAGCGCUUCUCCAGCUGGUGUAUUUACUAGAACUUUCUGCGAGGACGCCGCAGAAAUCAAUCCGACCCAACAUUUGUCUCACAUGUUUCAUUUUGAAUUAACUUAUUGAACCAUGUUUUCCCCAAGUCAGGCUGCACUAGAGACAUAAUUAGGUGAUAUAAUUCCACAGAUGGAUGGUGAGGAUUUAGCCCGAAUUAUUUGCAGAUCCCAUUUGAUUCUGUGCCUCCUCAAGUUUCCAUUCUUUCACAAUAAAACAUAUUUUGGUACAUUUGUGACAGCUCCACCAGGGAAAUGUGAUCAUUAGGGGUGCUGGGAGGAAAAAAAAGAUUCUUAUCCGAAUCUCGAUUCUUAUUUAUUCCGAAUAAUUUAUUUUUAAGGCCAUCGCCAGCUUACUGUUUAUAAUAUUACUAGCAAUUAGGGGUGCUGAAAAAAAUCGAUUCACAUCCGAAUCACGAUUCUUGUUUCCGAUUCUAAAGCAAUUUGUAAUUUUCAAAAUCUUUUUUUUUUUUUUAAUCAAUCAGUCUUUAAAAUUAUACUAACAAAUAGGGGUGCUGAAAAAAAUCGAUUCACAUCCAAAUCAUGAUUCAUAUUUAUUCCGAUUCUGAAGCGAUUCAUAAUUUUCAAGAAACGAUUCAUAAAAAAAUAAUAUAAUUUGAUUUUCAAAAAUUACGGAUAAAAAAACACAUUCUAUUUUAAACAUACAAUUUUCAGGCUGGCUCCAGCUUACUCACUGCAUACUGUUUACAUUACCACUAAUAUUAGUGAUACUGAAAACAACUGAUAAAAAAAUCCAAAUUACAAAUUAUAUUUAUUUUGAUUCUAAUUAUUUAUUUUAUUUUUAUUUUUUUAGGAACCACUUUUCAAAGGGUGUUCUUUAGGCCAUCUCCAGCUUACUUGUAGCAAACUAUUUUAAAUACUACUAUUAAGGGAUCGUGAAAACAAAUGAUUCACAUCCGUUUUUCGUGAUUCUAAUUCAACCCAAUUCUGAAUAUAAUCAAAAUUUCAAGAAUCGAUUUAUCCCAAAAAAAAAAGGAUUAUAAUCAAUUUUUUAAAAAUAUGAACUUUAAAAAACAAAUUAUUUCUAAAAUAUUUUUUGAGGCCUUCCCCAGCUUCCCAGCAGGACAUUGAUACAACAUUGAUUAUACAUACAUGUCUUUUAAAACUGACUUUGAAACAAUGUUGCAAAAUAGUUGAUGUACGAUCAACGUUGCUGGUUGGAAUUUGACCAAAUUUCAAUGGUCAAAUCAACGUCACAACCUGUCAUUGAAUAAACGUUGUCAAAACGCAUGAUGUUUCAACGUUGUAUUUGUGUUGUUAAAUAUUGGUUUUGAUAAUGACCAAAAUUCAAUGGUCAAAUCAACGUCACAACCCAACAUUGAUUAAACGUUGUCCAAAAGCAUGUUGUUUCAACCUUAUGUUUGAGUUGCUCAACGUCAGGUCCUAAUUCAACAAGUUCUCAAUGUUGUUUUAAUGUCUUGUGCCUGCUGGGUUACUUGCUGCAUGCUAUUUCAACUACUAUUAACAAUUAGAGGUGCUGGAAAAAAAACAAUUAGCACCCAAAUUGUGAUUCUUAUAAAUUUCCAAUUCAAAAUUGAUUCAUCUUUUUUUAAAAAUAUAUAUUUUUUUUAGAAUACAUUUUUAGGCCUUGAGUUUUUUAGACCUUGCUGUGCGUUUACACCGCUUGUCAUAACCCAAGAUGAGUUUUUCUAACCGGUAAUCUGUUUUGAAAGGUUUUUAGUAUCAUUUGUAUACCAAGUAAUAUAUUGCGAGAAACGGUUUGAAUCGAGAAUCGACUCAGAAUGGAAUAGGAAUGGAUCAUCCCUAGUGAUCAUGCUGGUAUUUAGUCGAAAGCACAAUUGGUGAUAAACAUCUGUUUAGAUGACCUAAACUCUGCCUCCUGAGUCCUGUAUCUGCUGUCAUUUAUGUGUUAUGAUAUUUCAGUGUGCAUAUUUCACUAUGUUGUUACUGUAUACAGUCUGUGCAUUCAAACAGGGGCAGAGCCUCUAGAGCAGUGUUCUUUUCACUUCUUUUAUUUUUAUUUUUUAUUAUUAUUAUUCAAUACAAAAAGGCUGAGGAAGAGGGGGGAAAAAGCAAGUGUGGAGAAACCAAAGCCAGUGGCAUUUGUGUGUUGUAAACUUUUUAUUUUCACAUUCAUUUAUGGUUUGUUUUGUUUUUUUCGCAAGCAUUGAAACAAGACAAUAAAAAAUGUUCAAAUGUACAA